AUGCCAAUUAGAUGUACGACAAGCCCCAUGGAUUCAGUAAGCCGGUCUCUCGAUCAACCUGCCAAAAUACAAUCACCCCCAACGCUCCUCCUGUUAGAAAAUACCGGAAACGCGCUGCGCAGAUACACACAUGACGAUGUGACGUACCCUCCCGUUGAUCCUUCAUUCAAAUCACCUUUCCUUGGGUGGGAAUUGAAUGAGGUAGUUCGGUUUCUGCGUGAGUAUGCGACGGGAACUGUUGUGGAUGAGUCUGUGUUCCUUGUUGCGGAUCAGAGAACCGCGGAGGAUGAAUCGCUUUUAUUAGUGCAGAGUCUUAGGGAUGGGGAGUCGGUGGAGUUUGUAAGGGUUGCUGCCGAGUUUGUCAAUACUCAAGCGGUGGCUAUGGCUGUUGCUACGACUGAUGUGCAGGAGUUGCGGAGCUUGAUUGAUGAGGGUGGCGUGUUUAGAGGUGGGAGUGGUAGAGGUGGGAAUCUGUUGCCGAGAAAGGGAGGGAAGGCGCCGAGGAAACAGUUGUAG